ACGACAUGUUGACUUCCCUCGUACAAGGUAUUUUGGUAUCUCCACCUCCUCGACAGUACCGACCGGCUGAGAGGAAGGUACACGCUACUCAAACCUCACGUAACGAAUCCACAGAAAUUUUUGUUGUUUGUCAAUAUUACAUCGCUCCUGACAAAUUGGAUCCUAAAUUUUUCGAUCCAAAGUACGUGAAUUAGAAAUGCA